UCUUGUUUUUUUUUUUUACUUUCAUUUAUACUGUUCUACAUGGAGCUUGAUAGAGAGGCUGAACUCACUAGCAGUGAAUAUCAAGCUGUCCUUGACCUGAGUCUUGCGUGGGAUCUUCCUGGCCCAACCAAAGAAAACCGGAAGUGGCUUUUUGAGCGCCUUUUAUCAUAUGCGGUCAUUGGAAGGAGAUUACGGCAGGUGAAACAAAUACGUAAAGGACUCAAAGAAACCAGAGCGUGGCCACUGCUGACUGAAAGGAAAGAUGUGGAUGUCUUUCAGAGGGAAUGUGAAAAUUCACUCACCCCUUUGAUGCUGCUUCCCUGUAUCUGCUGGCCCUCUGAUAGCAGUGUGGAUGAUGAUGAUGAUGACAACGACCACGAUUGUUCACUAGAAGAUAGAUGUCGCAUCUCAGGGUAUUUGCGUCACUUCAUUGAGACAGCAUCCAGCUCUGACCUUAAAGACUUGGUGAAAUUUUGGCUGGGGUGGGAAGUGCCAGACAGAAAGAUGGUAGUGGAAGUUGUUACUGCUGACAUGCCAAAGUCCUCCACUUGCUUCAACAUGCUACGAUUACCAAGUCAUUACAUGGAUUUCAGCCAUUUUAAGGACGAGCUCCUUAAGUGCACUGGCACGUCUGAGAUUGGUUUUGGGCUUUCAUAGUUAUGUGAAAUUGAAUACAGUAAUACAGACACCAUGUAUAAAUUAAGUUACAGUACCACAGUUUGUCCUGUGUUGUUUGAACUUGUUGGAAAAAAUUUUUU